AUGGGGUGCCUCAAAAAAGUAUUCGUAGCGAUCCUGGCAUGUCAAUUGCCCAAGGUCGCUUUUGCGGGCAUAAUCUCAACUGGCAUGGCUAGUUGGUAUAACCAGUCGGGCGCAUAUGGCUCAUGUGGGGAGAUACAUUUGGAAUCUGAUCUCGUUGCGGCUGCCCCAGAAAAAUUCAUGAAAGGCCACUGUGGUGGCAUGGCCUGCAUCAACUACCAGGGUAAAAGAGAGUGUGCAAAGGUUGUAGAUACACUCCCUAAAGCAAAUCCCGAAGGCAACAUCGACCUCUCUAUUGCUCUUUUCCAAUCCCUCAUUGGUGAUCUAGAUCUCGGCCGUGUCCCUGUUACGUGGGAACUUUUUCCACCCGGAUCUACAGACUUCGCCAUGGAUCAUAACCCAGAGGUCAAGCAAUCGGCCAGCGAUAUUCAAACGUCGAACAGUGUCGAAUCUGUCAGCCCUACGUCUAGCAUACCCCCGGCUCCAUCUCAGGACGUCGCAUCUGGCAAUCCUAGCUCUAGCACGGAGCAACCUCCAGCUCAAGGCAUAUCCUCGGUCAGUCCCGGCCCACAACCUGCUCCUAUUCUUGGAAUGGAAGCCGACAGCGAACAGUCGGCGUCUAAGAAAAAGGAGGAAGAAGCAAAGGAACAAGAGAGAAAGAAGGCUGAGGAGGAAAAUGCUAGAAAAGCCGCGGAGGAAAAGAGGAAGAAAGCCGAGGAGGCGACUGCCAGAAAGGCUGCGGGCGAAGAAAAACAGAAAGCCGAGGAAGAAACCGCUAGAAAGGCUGCAACGGAGGAGCAAGAGAGGAAGAAAGCCGAGGAGGAAACUGCUAGAAAAGCUGUAAUUGAGGAACAAGAAACGAAGGAAGCGGCAGAUGGUGAACACGCCGACCCUGCGAAAGCAGAAGACUCCAAAGUCACCGAGACCGAACAGGUCGAAGGAGAACACUUUGGAACCUCUGUUGAGUCUACAUCAGCGGCCACUUCGCCUUCAAACCCAGCUGGCUCUGCAGAGCUACCGGCUUCUACAACGUUGGACUUACCCGCGAAAGAGGGAACAUCGACCAGCCAGGACAAUUGGCUCAUCGCACAUCAAACGUUCAACGGCGACACCAUGACCACCUCGAUGCAUACCCCCACAAGUACUUCGUCAUACACAAUCUCGUCGACAUUUAUUCCAGAGACGACAAGUAAGGGACUACCAUCCUUCACAACCCUGGUGCCAAGCACAACGUCAGCACCCAUCCAAGAACACUCUUCCUCCACGACUCCAUCGUCAGAGACUACCGGAAGCAUGACCAUCCUGUUUUCCACGCUAGACCGACCAAUGACCGUAUCGAUGGAAAGUGCCGCAGCCACUCAUCGGAAUCAAGGUGCACAAGGGAGGUCUGAAGUGUAUCAGCCUAUGGAGAUUCUGUUCUUUACUCUUUUGGGAUUUCUCAUGUAG